AUGUCCAAAUACAAGGGAAGUGGCAGAAACCGCUGUGGUUUCCCAGCAGUUUCUACUCUGGUGAAACCUGAUCCUUUCAGUAUGGAUGAGACCUGUCUUAAUCCAAUUAAGGAAAACCUUGAUUCACAACUGGAUCCACCCUUAGAAAAGACUUUCAGAACUGGAAGAGCUCAGAAUAUAGGAGUGUCCUAUGGUGACAGCCGCCUGCUGCUUGCUGGCACCCGCUCCUGCCUCCCCACACCAAGUGGAGCCGCCUCCAAGGUGCCCAUGUUCGUGGUGCAGACCAACGUGCCACGCUCUGCGGUGCCCGACUCCCUGCUGAGCGAGCUCACCGCGCAGCUGGUCAAGGGCAGGGGCAAGCCCGCCCAGUACAUCGAGGUGUACAUCUCGGCGAACCAGCUGAUGGCCUUUGGGGGCUUCUCGGACCCGUGUGCCCUCUGCAGCCUGGACAGCAUAGGCAAAAUCGGCGGGUCCCCGAACAAGGCGUACAGCAGACAGCUGCACCUCAAAAUUCCCGGGGACAGGAUCUAUAUCAAUUAUUACGACAUGAACGGCUCCACCUUUGCCUGA